UGUAAGGGGAGGGCGCGGGCGGGGCGCGGGCGCUGGAGGCUUCGAGAAGCGGCCGCGAAGCGGGGCGGGGAGGAAUCCCGUCCCUGUGGCAGCGGCCGCGGGGCAAUGGUGGAUUACAGCGUGUGGGACCACAUUGAGGUGUCGGACGAUGAGGACGACACCCACCCCAACAUCGACACCGCCAGCCUCUUCCGAUGGCGGCACCAGGCUCGAGUGGAGCGGAUGGAGCAAUUCCAGAAGGAAAAGGAAGAGCUGGAUAAGGGCUGCCGGGAAUGUAAACGGAAACUGGCCGAGUGCCAGCGGAAAAUGAAGGAGCUGGAAGUGGCAGAUAUGGAAAACGGGAAGGGAGAGCUGGAAAAACUCCAGGCAGAAGCGCAACAGCUCCGGAACGAGGAGAAGAGUUGGGAGAAUAAGUUGGAGGAGCUCCGGAAGAAGGAGAAGAACAUGCCUUGGAACGUCGACACGCUCAGCAAGGACGGCUUCAGCAAGAGCGUCUUCAACGUCAAAGCGGAGGAGGCAGAGGAGACGGAAGAGCAGAAGGAGAAGAAGCACAAAUCUUUUGUGGAGCGCUACGAGAAGCAGAUCAAACACUUUGGGAUGCUGCGGCGCUGGGAUGACAGCCAGAAGUACCUCUCGGAUAACCCGCACCUCGUUUGUGAGGAGACCGCUAAUUACCUGGUGAUCUGGUGCAUCGACCUGGAGGUGGAGGAGAAACACGCGCUGAUGGAGCAGGUGGCCCACCAGACCAUCGUCAUGCAGUUCAUCCUGGAGCUGGCCAAGAGCCUCAAGGUGGAUCCCAGAGCGUGUUUCCGACAGUUCUUCACCAAGAUCAAGACGGCCGACCAGCAGUACAUGGAGGGCUUCACGGAUGAGCUGGAGGCCUUCAAGGAGCGAGUGCGCGGCCGGGCCAAGGUGCGCAUCGAGAAGGCGAUGAAGGAGUACGAGGAAGAGGAGCGGCAGAAGCGCCUGGGCCCCGGCGGGCUCGACCCCGUCGAGGUCUACGAGUCCCUUCCCGCCGAGCUGCAGAAAUGCUUUGACGUGAAAGAUGUGCAGAUGCUGCAGGACACGAUCAGCAAGAUGGAUCCCACUGAGGCCAAGUACCACAUGCAGCGCUGCAUCGACUCGGGGCUCUGGGUCCCCAACGCCAAGGGGGCGGAAGGCACCGAGAAAGGCAGCAGCGAAGCCGUCUACGAAGAAAUCCCGAAGGAGAACGGCGACGAGGAGAAAGGGAAACCGUGAGGGGAGGGAGGGUGCAAAAAAAGAGACAUAAAGCCAAAAAAAAAAAGGCAAAAAGCAUAAAAAAAUUAAGUUGUAAAGCAUAAAACUCAGUUGUAAAACGUAAAAAAAAAAAGAGUUGUAAAGCUUAAAAAAAAA